AUGCAACUGAUGACGUUUUUAUUGAUACUCUUCGCUUGGGUCUCCUAUUCUAUUGCUACUCAGACGAGUUGGUCCGAUGGCUUGAUGCGUACUUUAGCAACCGGAGUGGGCAGCACUGCUUCUGAUGCGCCCACAUAUAGAUGUUUUUGCGAUAUAAAUAUGAACUGGAUUGAGAUGGAAAAAAUAGCGGAACUUGUCUCACAAAAUUAUAUUAAUAACACGUCAAAUAUAGAUGUGGACUUGAGCAAUACUAUUCUUGAUGCCAUUGAUCCUUUGAAAAGCAGAGUGUGUAAAGAUCUUUCCAAACCUGACUUAUUCAAUAAUAAACCAAACUUAAGACAUGAAAGUGUUUCAAUUAUCCAACGUAUUUCCAAUGUUUUAUUUGCUGGUAUUGAACAAUUAUUUUCUCGAUUAGUCACAAUAAUAAAAGCAAACCAGCACUGUACGGGUAUUACGUCAUAUCCUACUUCUAGAAGCCGUGGAAAUUUAUCCAAGAAACUCACCGUAUAUUUAUGGGUAUCUUGGUUCCAAAUCAAUGAUGUAACUGAUACUGACAGUAUUUAUAUUAUUGCUGUUUCAUUACCAAAGGUACAAACAACUUCCAUAAGCUCUGUUAUCUCAAAAGAAGUGAGGAAAUGGAUUUUUGAUGAAGCACGUAAGACGAACCUGGCAUCAUGGUGCAGUAAAAACGUAAUAAAUAAUAAUUGGGAAGCCAACUUCCGGUUUCUGAAAUGGAAUGGUGAGAAACUUUUUCAACAAAAUAUAUGGGAUAUACCAUGCCAAUCCAUUCAAAUGACCAUGCAUUGA